CAACAGGGAGAACGUUACCAAAGCAUACAAAAACCAGAGCCAAGUCUUCUCCUUCAAGUUGAAGUUGAAGAGAUAAGCAGACUGGACACAAUGACAGACUGGGUGCACUGCAACACAUGUUUCAGACAGCCUGGAAGUGGUCCAAAGUUUGCCCUUACAAACUGUGGCCACAUCUUCUGUGGUGACUGCCUGGAAGGAAGUACCAAGGAGAAAUGCAAAAUGUGUGGAAAUCCAUGUACAUCUAUUACUCUGUCUGCCAAGAUGAAGCCUGACGUAGAGUUAUAUUUCACUGAUCCUGCAGAGAUAUUGAAGAAACACCAGAAGCAGCUUGUAAUGGUAUUGGAUUUUCAGAAGAAUCACAGACAAAGGUUGACCGGGCAUAGGAGAGAAGUGCAAUCCAGACAUGUUUCAAUCCUUGAGUCUGCUAAGGAGAGAAUGAAAGAAAUGGAAUGCGAGGUCAUCCGUUUGAAGGAAGAAAACAGAAAGUUGAGAAGUCUUGUCUCUGGUUCAUCUGGAUCUAAUACUUCUCUUAAGUGUUCUCAAAGACAAUUAACACCAGGCAGAGUAUUGAGUAGGUCACCCGCUUCCUCCACAAGUAGCAUUGGUAGAAUGGUUCACCAGACGCCAUCACCUUGUAAGAAUAGAGGCUCUCCAUUCAGCAGGCCAUCCUAUCCUACUACACCAACGGCCAUGGAUGUAAGUAAGGGAUCAAUGCAGAGCCCUCAAGUUGUCACCCCUGGACCAGCAAGGUAUUGCAUAAGAACACCUCCCUCAGGUGGUAGGAUGGGAACAAUAACGCCUACUUCAUGUGCUACUAUGAUGCCCACUUCAUCCAAGAUGACUGCUCCAAGCACACCUAGUUUUUCACCCUUUAGUAACAGUCCCACUGCAUAUAAUCCAAGGAGUGGCUAUGGAACCCAUGACAGGAGAAAUACACCAGGGGCUGGAGGCGAUGCUAUUGGUAGAAAACAAAUUCAGUUGAACUACACUCCCCACAGGAGACCUCCUGUACUAGGAAUGUCUAUUUCUGCAAGUCAGCCUUGAUUCUUCUCCCUGAUCAAGGACUAACAUUAGAAGCGUUCUCUAGAAAGCCAUCAUCAUGCACCCAGAGCAAGCAUACUUGCCAGUAAACUAAUGCUCACAAGCCCUGCAAUUACAAUUAGUUAAUGGUCUCAAUUCACAAACUAGAUUUCAAUCUCUGUAAACACAGUACGCUCAUGUCCUCACAUCCAGUAGGAGGUCAAUAAUGGGCAUAUUCAGUCAUCACCAAAUAUUAAAAUUGCAUUGAAUUUCAGCAUGACAAUUACUACACAUUUGGUAAGUGAAGGCAACAAAUGUCAAAAGGAAGUAUGCAUGUUAUAUGUGGUUAUUUUAGUCAACAUGAGAACCUUGAAACAUGAUUCAGAUGAUGGAGUGCAACAAACCUCCUUUGUAAAUUCAAUCUGUCAAGGCUAAAUGAUUUUGAAAUCUCUGCAACCAUGAAACUGUUUAAAAACUGUGACAAUCACAAUAUUGAAACUAAGUGCUUUUGAUAUGCCCAUGUGUCAUGGUUGCUUUUGAAUUGUAUGCACUAUACAAUUACUAGGAGGUAUUUCAUCAACCUUUAAAUCAUACUUUUAUGACAUCAUUGAAUAGCGGCAAGAUAACAAUUCCUGUAUCUGAUCAUUACAGAAUUGGAUCUUCUAAAUAUCAGUUUUCUUUACUGUCUUCACAGAAAUUUGUUGUUUUGUUUAUGAAUGUUAUUUAUUUAGUUUAUUCUUGUUAAAGUGACCGAUAUCAGAUUAGAGAGAAUCUAAUAUCUAUUUCUUUGAACUUGGCUUAAUGAAGUCAUAUACUGCAUAGGACUACACAACACAUUUUUUCAUUUUUUGGUUAACUUAUUUCUUCUUAUGUUAUGCAAAUACGUGCAACAAAUUUGAAUCAUACAAGUUAUCAUCAUACCCAUUUGUAAGUCAAACAACCUUGAAUUAGGGCCUAUCCCAAUUUCGCUGCCACUGGUAAUGAUAAAUAAAUAUCUACUGUGGCAGCCUACUGUUCCAUUGGUUGAGCACAGCCUGCCUGUAUAGAGUUGAAAAGAGCAUCUCUCAUCUCACUUAGGAAUCUCAUACCAUUGCAUCCAUGCUGGUUCAUCAUUUUUU